AUGCAUAUUCUCGGCCUUGGAAACGGAACAAUUAAUGGCAACUCGGAGAUCCUCCUCAAGGCCGCCUUGACAGCUGCCGAGAAAGCCGACUCAUCCAUAACAACUUCAUGGAUUCAUGUUCCCUCCGUCUCUGUGCCACGAAACCCCAGACCUUUAGAGGGCGCACAAGAUGUUAGCAUGGGAACAAUUGGCCAGACCGGAGUUGGCGGUGACACAGUCCCAGACGACCGCAGAGAUGUGCUCAAUGCAAUUCUGGCAGCUGAUGCCUUGAUCUUCGCAACACCAAUCUACAGUCACCAACCUGCAGGCACUCUUAAGAUGCUGGUCGAUCGAAUCCUGGGCCCGUUCACCGAUGCUGCGUUUGUGCAGCGAGUAAUUGAUUCCCAGAUGGCUGGCGAAAAGACCUACCAACAUAUGAAGGUUGAUAAACGGAUCCUCAAGCCUAGAGUCGCCGCCUUUAUUGCUGUGGGAGGAUCCCCCUUCAACGACCAGGUCACCAUGGCGCUGCCUACUUUGCACCAAUUCGUCUAUUCUCUCCAUGCAAAGGUAGUGGACCAGCACGUAUUCCGAGGAUAUGGCCGUCCGGGAUCGGUCUUACUACGUGGAGGAGAAGCGGUUCAGAGAGCUGAAAAGCUGGGUCAGAAUGUGGCUAGUCAAAUUGGAAAGACUUUUGAUGAAGCGAAGUAUCUUGGACCGGAAGACCCUGCUAGUUGUCCAUACUGCCAUAUGUCUAAGGUUGAGAUCGACUAUACCCAGGAUAAUGAUAUUGGUUGCAUUACCUGCGGAGCUCGGGGGAAGCUUGUUGUUGGAGAAAAUGGACGGAUCCAGCCGGUUUGGGAGGUCGAUUCCACGACAAGCUGUAUCACAUUCAAGGGCAAACUAAGACAUGUUGAUGAUCUUCGCGACGCGGCUAUGCAGGAGGGACCGGCAAUGGACGCCGAAUCAAUCAAUGAGGAGCGAAAGCGGUGGGCUCAAGUCAAUAUCACCAAGGUCCCACUCACGAGCCAUUCCAGGAAAAUUCAGUCCCAAAUUUGA